UAAAUCAAUUGCUACUGAAGUUUCGGAAGCUAGCCACGAUUCUUCAUUAGGAUCAAAUUUUCAAUGUCAAACUCAAAAAAAAGAAGAAGAUGAAAUUGGGUGGAUUAUUCCUUCUUAUUUCUUUGAAGAAGAAGAUGAUGAUACAGUCAAUUUCGAAUCGCUCAUCCUAGUGUUUUUCUUUGAAGAAGAGAAAGAUUUUCCUGUCGUGGUCAAUGUUCAACCUAAACAAGUUUUGAGUAAUGAGGUUCAUUGUGACAAACUCUCACAGGUUCAAUUGUACCCGAUGUUUGCUCCAUUAUGUGGGCUUACUACAAGGAGAAUUUUGUUCGUCAACUGGUCAUACGACAUGGGUAUGCAUCAGAUUCCUUGAUUCCUAAUUCAGCUGUGCUGGAAAUUGAGAAAACUGGUAAUAAUGCUGAUGAUAGUAAAUUGUUUGUUAAAAUGAAUGACAAAAAUAAGUUUUGGCUUCUCUUGUUGGCUAGAAUAGUUGGUAUUGAUAAAGCUUAUGAGUUGUUUGAUCAAAUGCUUGAUGAGAUUGUCAUCCUACACCUUGGCUCAUUAGAUAUUCGUCAAAUUAAAUUGGGGAGUUUUAAAUUUUUCAUUGGAUUUUCUCCAUGCGAUGCUUUAAUUAAGCUUCAUCAUGGGUUCUUCAUAUGGAAACCUGGAGAUCUAUGUAUUCAUGUGUUUUAUUAUUCGGUGAGUGCUUAUGAAUGGUGUUUGGAGGUAACUACUUUUGCUUCAGUUGUACUCAAUGUUUGUUCCUUUGUAAUGGCUUAUUACAAGGAAAAUUUUGUAUUGGUUGUUAAUGGUAAUACUGGUGAUGGGGAUAAUCUAUUUGGUAAGAUGUGUCAACUGGAUAUUGUGAGCUUCAAGAGUAAAGAUGUUUGUAAUCAAAAUUUGGCUAGUGAUAAAGCUUCUUACUUAUAUUUCAACCUUACUGGUGGAGUCUUUGAUCGUGGGAGAUAUAUUGAACUUAUGGAACGAGAUUCCUGUUUUGAUGGUGAUAAUAAAUUCUAUGUGGAUACAAUUAUUUUUUAUGAGCCUGGUCUAGAAGAUACGUACCAGUUCGCUUUAUUGCUUGCCAAUUUGAUUGAAAUUUUACUUCCCACAGAGGGUGAAAACUGUGACACUUGCAAGUUAUUGGCUCAAAAGAUACAUCAAGCUAAGGUUCUCUGUACUAUCUUGCUACUUUCAAUUCCUAAUGAAAGUGAUUGUGGGAAUGUUCAAAAAUUACCUCAUGAGAUGCAUCACACUGGAAACUGGACUUCGGAUGGUGACACGCAGUUUCUAAUCUUGUUGCUGAAGUAUGGUUUGCUUGAAGCGAUUGCAGUAUUAUAUCUGGGCUCAUGGAAUAUUUUUCAACUUAAAUUGUUGAGUUUUCGGUAUGUUCUUUAUGGGUUCCUUGAUUUGCAACUAUAGGUUCCCCUAUAUUACAUGUCUUCAUUUUUUACUGAUUUUGGUAAUUGGUUGGAUCGAUUUGUUAACACCUAUUA